AUGAACUACAUUCAGCUCGAGAAGCUGGGGGAGGGCACAUAUGCGACCGUCUACAAAGGGCGGUCGCGUGUCUCCAACGACAUCGUAGCCCUCAAGGAGAUUCACCUCGAUGCAGAGGAGGGAACUCCUUCAACGGCAAUUCGAGAAAUCUCCCUCAUGAAGGAGCUUCGUCACACCAACAUCGUCCGCCUGCACGAUGUCAUUCACACAGAGUCGAAGCUCAUGCUCGUCUUCGAGUUCAUGGAGCAAGAUCUCAAGAAGUUCAUGGACAUUCACGGCGACCGAGGAGCACUCGAUGCGGCGACUGUGCGCAGCUUCAUGUUUCAGCUGCUCAAGGGUACAGCUUUCUGCCACGAGAAUCGCGUCCUCCACCGCGACCUCAAGCCGCAGAAUCUUCUCAUCAACAAGAAGGGUGAGCUCAAGCUGGCCGACUUCGGUCUCGCACGAGCAUUCGGUAUCCCCGUCAACACCUUCUCAAACGAAGUCGUCACACUAUGGUAUCGCGCUCCCGAUGUACUUCUGGGGAGCCGCACCUACUCAACCAGUAUCGACGUCUGGUCCGCCGGCUGCAUCAUGGCUGAGAUGAUCAGCGGUGUCCCUCUGUUUCGAGGAAGAGACAACAAUGAUCAGCUGAAUCAGAUUCUGCGCAUCUUGGGCACACCCGACGAACAGACGAUCAAGCGUCUCGUCAACGACUCGCCCGAAAUCCAGAUUCGACCCUUCCCUCGCAUGCCCAAGGUCCCAUUUCAACAGCUCUACCCAAAGGCUCAUCCGUUGGCUAUUGACCUGUUGGAGAAGUUGCUCAAGUUCGACCCGACGCAGCGCAUCUCGGCAGAAGAUGCCCUCAGACAUCCGUACUUCACUACGUCGGCUGCUGUUCAGGGCUCGGCAGGACAGCAGACAGCGUCAUCGCAGGGAGGUAGCAAUCAGCAUCAACAGCAGCAGAAUGGAUCGGGGUCAGCGCCCUCAUCAACUUCCUCUGCUGCGGCGGCUGCGGCGUGGAACUCACAGCAGCAGCAGGCUCAAGCACAACAGAGAGCAGCUCAAGCUCAAGCGCAGGCUCAGGCACAGGCACAGGCACAGGCUCAGGCGCAAGCUGUCGCUCAGGCUCAACAGCAGGCCGCCGCAAUGGCGCAGCAGCAACAUGCGCACCACCAGCAACACUACAUGUCAUGA